UAAAAAUGAAUAUAAUAUCUUGUACAGCGUGGGUAAAAAAAGGUGUUGCAUCUACAAACCCUCAGAAGGUUGAAUUAUCUCCAAAAGAAUUAGAGCAAAUCAUAAAGCAAACACAGUCUGAAUUACAAGAUGCUACAAGUGACCAAGAUGAGGAACAUAAUAAAGAAGGAAAAAGUGAAAUUGAAUCUGAAUCUAAUAUAUCCAAAUUAGACGAAUAUAACUUUGACAAAUAUGAUGACGAAUCGGAUAACAUACAUUGCAAUAUUAGUAAUAUUGCGACUUUUGAAACAAAUGGAAAAGAUUCUUUUAUAAUAGGGUCAGAUGAUGAUUCAGAGAAAGAAGAUGAUAUUAUUAAAAGUGAUGAUAAUCUUGUACUGGUAGGGCAUGUUGAAGCAGAUGCUAGCAUUUUAGAAGUAUUUGUAUAUAAUGGAUCUGAAGGUUCAUUUUAUUGUCAUCAUGACAUACUGUUAUCAUCAUUCCCAUUAUGUAUAGAGUGGCUCAACUUCGAUCCUUCGGAUUCAAAACCAAAUAAUUUAUGUGCAAUUGGUAAUAUGACUCCUAUAAUUGAAGUAUGGGAUUUAGAUUUAAUAGAUUGUUUAGAACCAUCCUAUAAACUUGGUUGCAAGCCAAAUAAAAAGAAAAAUAAAAAACGUAUUGGACAUAAGGAUGCUGUAUUAGAUCUGGCAUGGAAUGAAAACUAUACACAUGUACUUGCUAGUGGUUCCGUUGAUCAAACUGUUUUGUUAUGGGAUUUAGAAAAUGGAACACCUGUCAACAAAUUUGUUUCUUUUAAUGAAAAAAUUCAGUCACUAAAAUGGCAUCCAAUAGAAACACACCAGUUACUAACAGGUUGUGCCGAUAAGAUGGUGAGGUUAUUUGACUGUAGAUAUGAAACAAUUACAAAAACAUGGGAAGCAAUGGGAGAAGUAGAAAGAGUAUUAUGGAAUGGUUUUGACUCAAAUUAUUUUAUGGUUGGUACCUCUAAUGGAUAUGUACAGUACAUAGAUAUUAGGCAAGACAAACCAAUUUGGAAUAUAGAAGCUCAUACACAAGAAAUUACAGGUUUAUCACUUAGUUCAUCAUGUCCUGGACUUCUUGUUACUUCAGCAAAUGAUGGUGUCAUAAAAAUAUGGGAUAUUAUUAAUAAUACAGAGCCAUCAUUUGUUUGGGAAAAAAAAAGUAACCUUGGUGCUUUAUUAUGUCUUGCAUCAAAUCCAGAUAAUCCUUUUGUAUUUUCUGCUGGUGGUGAUAAUAAAUCACAUAAUUUAAAAAUAUUUGACUUUUUGGAAAUAUCAGAAGUUCGUAAAAAAUUUGAAGAUCGAAAAUGUGUUAUGCCAAAAAGUAACAUCAAUGAUGUAAACACACGAGAAGAAAUGAUGGAUGUAACCGAAAAUAUGGAUUCAAUGAUUUUAAAUACAGACAUAUCACACACAGUAUCUGAAAGGAAGACAAAAAUGCUGUUCCUCUAUAGGUCGAACAGCGGAAUGUUGAAUGCGGACCAAAAUACUGUUCGGUUUGGCAACAUUGCAUGUGCCAGUAUUUAUGGUAUGUUGUAUAAUUGUUAAACAGAUUUGACAUUUAAAACCAACUUUAAGGACAUAUCAAAUGAAAUGGAUAAAUCAUGGGAUCAUCCAUGGACUACAGAGGAAAUGCGUAAAAAAAGAAGAGAAUGGAGCUUAGCUGGUGAUGCAGGACUUCUUAAACAUCUUCAGCAAUUUUCUGAUAAUGUAGUAUCGAGGGCAAAUAAAACUCAAGAAGCUUUGGAUUCGUUGACAACUCAACUGAAUGAAACAGCAAUAUUUAUAGAUAAUGUUACUAAUACAUCUUUGGCUUUAGCUAAUACUCAAUUCAUUGAGAGUCGUGUACAAAAACAUGACAUAGAGAUUGCAAAGGAUGCACAAACAUUAAUUGAGAAAUGUAAAAAUCAGGAUUCUAAAACUGUAGAUUUUAUAACUAGUGUGAGUGAAAGUGUAAAGCAAGGUUUGAACAUAAUGUAUGAAAAAUACAAGGAAAUGGAGUUUGUUGAUAGUGAUAGUGAAGAAGACAAUAAUGUAGUACUAAGUGUUGUAUUGGGGCCAAAUGAUCCAUACCAAGAUCGGCCUUUACCUUAUGUCAUUGGCUCUGAAAAAUGGAAAAAUUCAAAUAAAAUUGGUUUAGAAAGUAGUAGUAGCAGUGAAUCUGAACAGAUAGAUGAAGAAGAAGAAUCAGAAAAUAAAGAUGAUGAUGAAAUAACAGUACCUAAAGAUCUUAGUAUACAUACUGUAUCAAAAACAAACACUGUUGGAUUAUUACCUUCUUUGAGUGACUCGGUUUAUAAUAAAAGAAAUGACAUAACAUACACGAGUAAUGAAAAAAUAAAUGCAGUUAGUCAAAACAAUAUAGGUUCUGUUCCUGGCUCAAUUACUCCAAAUGAUAAUGUAUCAAAGAUAUCUUCAGUAUAUAAUAUAGGACCAAAUUUUGCGGAAGAAUUAGCCAAACGAUUAGGUACAGUGCGACAGGCUCAAAAACCGGCUGUUAUAGAUGAAAAAAGUGAGGCAUCGAUAAAUCGAUUUAAAGAUGAUUUGUUUACAUCAGAGGGAGAUGAAAACAUAUUAAGUGAUAAAUCUAAGACGGUAUCGAGUACAAGUAAAGGAUUUUUAAAUGAUCAAUUCAUAGAAAAUUUAUCAAAGGAAAACCAGAUAAAAUCGUACAAGAAUAAUAUUAUACCUGCUAGUAUUGAUGUACCACCUCCGAUUAGUACUGUUUCGACGAAACCAAAAUCUGCAAUUGAUGAUCUUUUCGGCGAUGCUGAUUCCGAUGAUAUUUUCUCGUCAAAAAAUACGGUUAAAACAGUCACAAAAAAUAAAUAUCCUAAUAAUAAUAAUAACCAGCCAACGAAUAUGGAAAGUGCGCAAAAGAAAUAUUUAGAGAUUGUAGCACCAACACUAAUUAGUAAUGUGGCUACAAGUACACCAGAAACUAACGUCAAUACAACUAAUUUACUUAAUGUUGAUGAAGAUGAUGAUCUUUUUGGGUCGUCUAAAAAUCAGCAACCAAACAAAAAAAAUCUGAAUCAUUUGAAAAAUUCCGAAUCUUCUGGAAGUAAUACACCAGGAAAUUAUGAAAGCAAUGUUAACAACGAAUCGGUGUUUGAUCAUUCACGAAAUACUAUUUGGAAUGAUAAUACUAACGAACGAGAUUCUAUCGUAACAGCAAGGAGUAGUACAGGAAAUUCAGCUAUCGUUCACGAAAGUAGUUAUAGCAGUGGUAUAUCAGUUCAUCCACCGAGUAUUAAUAACACUGGUGGUUCAAGUAUAGGUGUUGAUUUCCAGCCAGAGAUGACGUCAACUCGUUUAAAAUCGGAAGAAAUCUACCGAGAACGAGUCGGUAGCGAUAGUCUUUUCACUGCGCGUACACGCAAUCCAGUGAAUACGACUUCUAUUCCGAACUCGACGAACAAUCCACCGCAGGAGGAAUCAAUCGGGGAUAUCUCGUCUAUACGACAGGACGAUGUGUUCGAGAACGAGGAUCUGUUUGGUCCACCACCACUACCGAAGGCGGAUUCAAAACCGUCGAAAUCGAAAAUACCUUCGCUGUUCGACGAUUCCGAUUCUGGCGAUGAGUUGUUCUCGACGACCAGUUCCGGUUCCAGGUCACAGAAGAGUAGCGAUUUAUUGACGGCCUCGCAAUACUCGGACAAAUUCAAGUCUACGCAUCAAAGAGGUCUCUUUGACGAGGAGAUUGAUAUAUUCGAUAAUAAAGAUUUGCCGGACGUCGAUAUCUUCGGCAUAUUAUCAAAACCUGCGACCAAAGAGGAAAGUAGUAUCACUAAUAGGAGCUUUUUGGAUAUCCCCGAUGAUGAUCUGUUUGCAAGUAAUAUUCGCGAUACGAUACCGAAAAAUAAUGGUUCGGAGAAAAAUCAGAAUGCUGCUACAUCGAAGAAAAUCAGUUUGUUUGAUAACGAUGACAUCGACGAUGGUGAUUUAUUUGCAACGAAAUCUGCUAAGAAUGACACCAGAAAUGAAUCUGAUAUCUUUAAUAACGAUGUUGACGAUGACGAUGAGAACGAUUUGUUUUCCGUGAAGAAAUUGACCAACAAAAAGCCAAAAACUGAUGAACAAUCGCCACGGAUGGCUGAAUCCGGAGUAGAUAUCGUGGAUCAGAAAGUGUCCGUUGAAAAAAGUGAAAGUAGAAGUAGCGAUAUUCUUUCGACCAGUGGAUUAUUUUCUACAACCAUUGGAUCUCAUGAGUUAAUUUUCGAGGAUGAUGAUUACGACGAUUUGUUCAGCACUAAAAGUGUAAGGAUGGAUAAAGCAAAAGAGGAUAAAUCUUCAGAUUUAAAGGCGGAAGAAGAUACCAAGGAUAAAGAAUAUUCCGCUAAGGAUUGUAAAAUAUCAGAUGAUAUCUUUACGCAAUCCGAAGAAUCAAAUGUGUCUGUUACCACGUCUAGGAACGUAGAACGAGAUAGUGAGCAAGAUACAGAUCGAGUCAAUAGUUUUGACAAACCCGAGACUACGAAAAAUAUUGAAAACGAAUUAAAAAAGAGUCCUCCAAAAUCCUUAGACAUUCAUACAACUACUACGAUGCCUCCACCUGACACGAAUAAUCAAGGAGCAAAGCGAGCGGUUUCUGGAAAAAUCAAAAAUUUAAUGGGAAAAAUGAAUGAUUUGAAAAUGCUAUCGCCAAUGGAUACACCACCAGUGUGGAGAAAAAGUAAAGAGAAAGCGGACGAAGAAGACAGUGCAGCGGACAGAGAUAGUGAUGACGGUGGAUGUAUUAGCACACAAGGUCAUAGUUCGCCGUUAAGCGUGUCAGAAGAUAGCACUACUCAGAAGCAAUCGCAGCGGUCGACAAUUUCGGAUGAAAGUAACGUAGAAAAUGCCAUUAGUUUCGAUGAGCCAGCUCAAGUAGAAACGUUGUCUACUACUGCUUCAAAGACUCGAGUUAGAAUACAAGCGAGACGCAGACCGCAAAGUAGACAUGCACGAAAAUCUGCGAUCAGGCAAAGCGGAAUCGAUUUUGAUACCGUCGACAACUUUGAGAACAAUUUACACGACGAGAGCCAGGCCAAUCAGUCAUCGAGUAUCCAAAAUAAACAGACCUUUACACCUGCAGAUGUUAGUACCGGACAUACCGUCAGCACGACUUCUGAUCAUUUGGUUUCGUCGAACAACGAUAAUCUUUAUCGAACCUCUGAUACUAAUAUUUUCUUGGUUACGGACGAUAAAUCUGAGCUUGGUAGCAUAAGCAAGGAAAGUUCAAUGAGUGCCAAUAAAAAUACCUUACUGUCUCCGUCUACAGACGAAGAAGAUUUAUUUGACGUACCGCCAGAUUUACCGGAAGAUCCUCAGAAAGAGGAUACGCUAUUUGGUAGGGCACCUAUUCUUUCUCCAGUUGAAAAUGUUAUCUCUGAGAAGCCACCCGUUACUUUUAAAGUGUUGAAGGACACGCACAUCAAACAAAUUAACGACGUAGAGACAGAAACGGAAAAAACUGCACAGCAAACAGAAGAGAACAGUACGUUAUCCGAAUCUAGUACCAGUUCUAAUGUAAAUGCUACAAUUUCACUCGCAAGUAAAAAGGGCUCCACGCUAGAAGACAACAAAUUUGGUGCUGAAUCGAAAGAAAUGAUUGAUCCUUUACGAGACGGUAGUCACGAUCCGUUGAAAGAUCCUAGUCAAUUAUUUGCUUUCGUUACGAAAACACCGUCUCCGGAAAAAGGAAAGAACUUGUUAUUUUCUGAAGACGAUAGUUUGUUUUCCAGUGGCACUAAGAAAUUAACCGAAGAACAAACUGCAAAGAAACCAAUUUUGGACUUGUUUACCGAUGAAGCGGAAGGUGAUUUAUUUUCGACGACUCUAAUUAAACCUGUGAAAAAAUCUUUGAAGGAAAACAAGAUUAGUUUGUUCGACGAAGAAGACGAAGAUGAUAGUUUAUUCGGAUCUGUUGUAAAAAAAUCAACGACAGAAAGCGAAUCUGAAAAGAAACAUCCCGAACAACAGUCUACGAAAAAAUUAAACUUAUUCGAUGAUGAUGAUAACGAUACAAAUUUAUUUUUUGAGCCAUUUGAACAAGCACAAAAGUCAGAUUCUGGAAGUAUUCGAGAGCUAUCGAAUAAAGGUGACAUAUUUACAAAUAUUACCGAACCUGUAAGGACUUCGUAUAUUACAGACAUUUUCGCUAAUCAGUCGAGUGGAGAAGAUGAUAUUUUCGCUAGGAUACCAGCUCCAAAAAAGGUUACCGUCGCGUCGAAAUCACUGUUUCCAUCCGAUGAUUACGAUGACGACGACGAUGAUAAUAUUUUCGGUAAAAAAUCCGCGAACGCAUCACAAAUUAAGUCCGCAGAUACUCGUUCAACUAUUAAAAAAGCAGUAACAAGGGAUCUGAAGAAGACAGCUGAAAAGAUUGGCGAGGAUCCUUUGAGUGCUCUGUUAGACGAUUAAGCAAUCUUUCUUUCUGAAAUUAUAUAUUUAUGGAAAUAAUAAUCGGGAGUCACGUACAUGGAGGAUGAAUUGUGUUUAAACAGUGAAAAACGCUGAGCGUUAGAAAUUUAAACAAAAUUUAAUUAUAU